CUGCCUCGCCGGGCCAGUGCCGCUCCCCUCCGGCCGCUCUGCCCGCCCGUCCCCAGCUGCACCUUCUACAGAAGUGCGCACUUAAGCUCGGCGAGCGCGGCCGCGGCAAGGGUACCGGCAGUCAGGGAGCGGCUGCGUGCGCGCAGUCGCUGCGUGGGCGCUGCCCGGGAGCCCGGGAGCAUCAAGUGUGCGUGGGCAGAGAGCCGACGCGUGUGCCCGCCGCGAAGCCGCGCUGGGCGGGGGCGCAGCAAGUGCAUCGCAUUGGGCGCAGAGCCGCGCGCGCGUCGGCGGCGAGGUGCUGUGCAGAGGAGCGCGGCUGGUCGCUGGGAGGAAGGAUGCGUGCGGGUAACUUUUUGCUCGCCCCGCAAGUCCGAGCAGUCGCGCUGGAAGGGGCUGCCUGCGGCCGCAGGGCGAGAGCGGAGCGGCCGUGCCCGCCGCCGCCCCUCCUCCACUUCCGCCUCCCGCCUCUUCCUCGUUCCCGGCUCCCAGGGCCGUGCGUCCCGGGGGAGACCCGGAGGCGCAGCCCCACCCCGGCCGGCGCGGC